AUGAGUUCGUACUUUGCGAAUUCGUAUAUCCCGGACCUGCGAAAUGGCGGGGUGGAACACCCGCAUCAGCAUCAGCAGCACUACGGUGCGGCCGUACAGGUACCUCAGCAGACACAAUCGGUUCAGCAACAAUCUCAGCAAGCCGGUGACCCCUGCGACCCGAGUUUGUUACGUCAAGGAGUAUCCGCCCAUCAUUAUGGAACCACGGGAGGUCAACAGGACAUGCCUUAUCCGAGGUUUCCCCCUUAUAAUCGGAUCGACAUGCGAAACGCGGCCUACUAUCAGCAUCAACAGGAACACGGAAGUAUGGACGGCAUGGCUGGUUAUAGGUCGACAUCUCCAAAUACCGGUAUGGGUCACAUCGGACACACACCUACCCCCAAUGGACAUCCGUCCACUCCUAUCGUCUAUGCCAGUUGCAAACUUCAAGCGGCUGCUGUCGAUCAUCAAGGCAGCGUUCUCGACGGACCGGAUAGUCCGCCUCUCGUCGAAUCGCAGAUGCAUCAUCAAAUGCAUAGCCAGCAUCCGCAUAUGCAAACGCAGCAAUCGCAGCAUCCCCAACAGCAAUCACAACAUCAGCAUCUGCAGGCACAGCAGCAACAUAUGAUGUACCAACAGCAACAGCAAUCUCAAACCGCAUCGCAACAGGGACAAGGUGGAAUGCACCCGCAGCAGCAACAGCAAGCUCAGCAACAUCAAGGCGUCGUUGCAUCGUCGCUCAGUCAACAACAACAAGGUGCGCCUCAGGGUGCGGCAACUGCGAAUUUACCAAGCCCAUUAUAUCCUUGGAUGAGGAGUCAGUUUGGCGCCUAUCCUUGUGAAUUAAAUACAAAACACGUGUGA